AUGAAUAUGGCUACAGAGAACGGAAUACACGAUCCAGAAGUCAAAAAACAGAUUCAUUUGGAUUUUGAGUAAGUUGAAACAGCUUGGGAAAAUUUUUUUUGAUUUUAAUUUUUAAAAAGUUCAAAGUUUUGAAAAUUUGUGUUUCGACCGGUUGGAUCUGAAUGUGUAAAGCUACUAAAACCAAAAAGGUUGUGCCUAAAAGCCACUGGCCAAUGUAAAUAUACUUUUUGUGCUUUUAUACCAUUUUUUCUGAAAAAAACGUUUGGUUGUUACCUUGUUACUAUAGUAAAUUAUUAUUAAAACUUAUGAUAAGGAAAACAUGUAAAAACUAAAAAUCCUUAUCUACUUUAUCACUAUUAAGAUAAAGACUAUAUUUUCAGUCCAAAGAACUACGACCAUGUCUACGAGUUAGCGAUGACAAUUCAGAAGAUGGCCAACCUUGACAUACCCCCAACUGUUGGCAUUAUCUGUGGCUCGGGCUUGGGAGACUUGGCCGACCUCGUUCAGGAACCUACAGUAAUCCCAUACAGUAAAAUCCCUGGUUUCCCUGUUCCUAGUGGUAAGUUUGUCUACUCUGAUGGUUAUUCUAAUAUUUUUGGAGAGCUAUCAGCUCAUUAUUAAAGGACCAGUUCGCCCAUUCAAAUAUCAUUGGCAUUCUGUCGCGAAAAUUCGACGUUCAUUUUUUUCGCAAAAAACCUGAGCAGGUCGGUCCCAAAUUGGAAAAUUCAUUUCGACACCGACCCACUCACGUUUUUUGAGAAAAAUGAUUUUGAUUGAAAUUGCCUGAUUUUCGACACUUUUUGCGACAGAAUGCCAAUGAUAUUUGAAUGGGCGAACUGGUCCUUUAAAUACUUUUUCCAAUUAACACAAUAUCUUUGUAAAGUAAUACUUUUUAAAUGUAACUGUCUACUGCACAUUAAAUGCUUUCAAAUGUGUUAUAAUACAAUACAUUUGUCGUUUUAGUUGUUGGCCACAAAGGUAACUUGAUAUUCGGAGAGUUAAGUGGAAAGCAAGUAAUGUGCCUACAAGGUAGAUUCCACCCUUACGAACAUGACAUGGACUUGGCUUUGGUAAGUAAAUGUUCAUCUUCGAUAACUGUAUAUCAUUCAUUAGUUACAUUGUAUCAGAUUUUUAUAAAAAUCGUGAUAACGUAAACUUUUUAGUGUACCCUGCCAGUCCGUAUCAUGCACAUUCUCGGCUGUAAAACCCUGAUUGUAUCAAACGCUGCCGGAGGCGUUAACUCUGAAUUCCAGUAUGGAGAUCUGAUGGUGAUCAAGGACCACAUCUUCAUGCCCGGACUCUGUGGAUUCAGUCCCUUAGUCGGAAUCAACGAUCCUAGAUUUGGCCCUAGGUUCGUGUCAAUUCACGAUGCUUAUGAUAUCAAACUACGGUAAGGUUACUGUAACAUGGUCAUCGGUUGUUUAGAAAAAAUGCUUUAAAGAUUGCCAACGAACAAGGAAUCAAGGUGCACGAGGGAGUGUAUGUGAUGUCAGCUGGCCCCCAGUACGAGACGCCUUCUGAAGUCAAGCUUUACAAAGUCGUCGGAGCUGAUGCCUUGGGUAUGUCAACGUGCCAUGAAGUCACGGUGGCCAGGCAGUGCAACAUGAGGGUGUUCGGCUUCUCGCUGAUAACGAAUAUGUAAGUUUUGGAAAGAUUCAAAUGUCUGAAUUAGUGUUUUGAACUUAAACAACCUUAAGGUUACUGUAACAUCAUAUUCAAAACAAUAUAUUAUAGUUGCCUACUGUACUAUUUGAAUAUAUUUUCAGUGCCAACUUGGACCUAGAAAACUCAGUAGAAGUCUCCCACCAAGAAGUGCUCGACACCGCUCGAGCAGCUAGCGACCGUGCCUGUAAAUUCAUAUCUCAGGUCGUAUACGAACUCUGA